CCCAUUUGGAUGUAUGAUUCAGUGUUGUGAGGGAUUGUGUUAGACUUGAGUUUCUGAGUUCCUGCUCCUCCUAUCAAUCCCAAAUUAUAAACCUUUUUUUUUUUUUUUAAGUCAGUCGAAUCAAUUAUCCAAGUUCUUAAUGUGACUUUCUCUUUUCUUUCAGUUGCUCCCUGGUUUACAUCAGACAGGGAAAGAAGACAAAACACUUUUUAACAGGACAUCUGAGGAAUUUCUCCUGAAAACAAUAUCGGUGGUGGUCUGAACAUUUCCCUGGGUGGAUAUGGGUUCCAGGAGGGUAGUAACACGCUCUUACUCAGGAGAUGGAAGAUCUGGUUUUAACAAUGGGGAUGAUGUCACUGGAAGUAGCAGAGCCAGUGGUCUCAGUUACCUCUCUGGUGUCAGACCAGAAAACAGCCAAUCACGUCACAGGUUUUCUCAAUACAGGCAAUCAAGGAGUACCUUCUGUAGUGUUAUGGCACAUUUAACGGAGGAGACCCAGCCAUCCUUUGAGUCAACCUUAAAAUCUAGAGCAGUGUCUGAGGCCAGUAAUGUGAAAUUCAUCUGUGUGGUGACAGGUAAUCCUGCUCCCGAAGUCACAUGGUAUAAAGAUGACAUACAACUGGACAGAUACUGUGGACUUCCUAAAUAUGAAGUCUCCCGCAAUGGACAGAAUCAUUCCUUGCACAUUUACAAUUGCACUUUGGAGGAUGCAGCCAUUUACCAAGCAUCAGCGCGGAACAGCAAAGGUAUUGUGUCUUGCUCUGGGGUUCUGGAGGUGGGAACAAUGAGCGAAUACAAGAUCCACCAACAGUACUUUGCCAAGCUAAAGCAGAAGGCUGAAAACAAGCGCAGGGACCUGGAGGACCCCAAGCUGUGGGAGAAGGAGGACCAUGAGCCUGGACGUCAAGAGCAGCUACGGACCAUCAGUCCUGACCGCUCCCAACGGAAACGGCGGUCCCCCAUGGAGGCCAGCCUCAGCACCCCUAGUUCCAUCGAAGAAGAGGGGGCUGAGGAGAACAUCUCUGUCCCAGACAGAGAGUCAGAGGUCAGGCUACAGGAGACGUGUACAGAGGGAAUCGAGAAUUCCAUACCAGUGACUAAUGGGACCGCAUCCUCCAUCUCUGAUGGUCAGCCUGCAAAAGAAAAUGGCAGCAAUGGCAUCACAUACAUAUAUGAUUCAGUGCAAAAGACCUUCUCUGCACAACCACCCAAGGCACCGUUUGCCAAGAAGAAGAUAAAGAUCUCUAACGGAGAGGGGCAUGUGAAUUCUGAUAGCCAGGUAGAGAUAGUGUCUGAGGACAGAGGCACAAUUGAAGAGGCCAGUGUGUUAACGUGCCAAAUCGAUUCUUCAUACUCACAGAGAACAGAUGAUGAGGCGAUGGAAGUAGAGAGUUCUGCUCCAGAUAACAUACAAGAGAACAACAUCAGUGUGUCUGUGUUGCAGGAAAAGGUUCAAGUUGAAGGGACGUUGCCAGCCCCCUUAAACAAGGAUCCCUGUCUUGACCCUUUUUCUGCUGUGUCUCCAUCAGUGAAGGAAAUCCAAGGAAAAAAGAGUGGAAAUGAUGUGGAGAAGGAGAAGACUCGGAAUAUAGAAUCUAAGGAACCUAAGGUGAAACGUGAGGUAGAGUCUAAGGACAUUUUAAAGAAUGUGGGUGCAAAUUCACCCAUCUCGUCAGAACCAAAACCUAAAACUUCAGUCACACCCCUACAGGUUUUGAGUACGUCAGUGGUGGAGGUUAAGACAUGUCCAGAGGAUGGUUCAAUCAUGGAGGUAGAUGUGAAGCCAUUACACAAGCCCUCACAACUAAACCCCAUAAACAAGCCCUCAUCAUUAGAACCCACACACAAGUCCUCAUCAUUGGAACCCACACACAAGCCGUCAUCACUAAAACCCAUUAACAAGCCCUCAUCAGUGGAACCCACACGCAAGCCGUCAUCACUAAAACCCACACACAAGCCCUCAUCAGUGGAACCCACACACAAGCCCUCAUCACUAAAACCCACACACAAGCCCUUAGCAUUGGAACCCACACACGAGCCCUCACUACUAAAACCCACACACAAGCACUCAGCAUUGGAACCCACACACAAGCCCUCACCACUAAAACCCAUAAACAAGCCCUUAUCAGUGGAACCCACACAAAAGCCCUCAUCACUAAAACCCACACAGAAGCCCUCAGCUUUGGAACCCACACACAAGCUCUCAUCAGUGGAACCCACACACAAGCCCUCAUCACUAAAACCCACACACAAGCCCUUAGCAUUGGAACCCACACACAAGCUCAGAGCAUUGGAACCCACACACAUGCCCUCAGCAUUGGAACUUUCUGAAUUAGAGUCUAUACACAGCACUCUUGUAAAUAAAUCUAAAGUUACUGUGGAAGACCCAGCAACAGUUGGUGUUGGGGGUUUGAGUUCUGAUACUUCCAUUAAUGGAGCUGCAGCUAUCAUGGGCCCAGACUCUGUAGCGACCCCAUGUGACAGAGAGAAUGGAUUUCCUCAGCAUCCGUGUGAACAGUCAAGAGAUCAGCUGUCUGGGAAGGAAACAAGCAGCAGUCUAAAGAAUGCAUCUGUGUCUCUGCCUCCGCUGCGGGCUGAGGUUACACAGGCCCACACACAGACGAAGAGGAAUGAAGCACCUGUCGACCCAGAACCGUUAACCACCCGCAGUGAGCUGGAUGUACAAUCCCUGCCACAGCCUCCAUCGGAGAGAGAGGUCACGACAGAUGCCGACCAAACUCCCACUUUGCACAAUGCUAGCCGAACUGCCAGUGACAAAAUGACGCAGAGCACAUGGGAUCAUUCCGGAGGAUCAAGAGAAAGUCAUACAGUACCUUUUAAAGAAGCACUAAAGUCACCCCUCGAAAGCCUGGGGGAAAGUGAGAACUCCUUAGGGUGUAACAUUUCACCCACACUCCUGCCAGGCCAAGUUGAGAAAGCUAUAAAAACUGUUGGUGGGACAAAGAUUCAAGAUGAAAAGAUCGUAGAGGGCACUGGUGGACUACGAGUGCAGAAAGACAAUUUUGCCUCUUCGGGGGAAAAGGCUGAAAACGAAACUAACAUUGAAAUGGAAAGAACUGUAAAUCAAAUAGAAAAGCAAAAUGGUAACAAUAUUGUGAUGGAUGUAACAGGUGUAGAGAUGGAAAAGAAUGUAGCAGUAUUGAAGACUAAGAAGUGUUCGGUUAUACAAAAAAUUUAUUCUCCACAUCUAAGUCUUGAGACCAUCCCCGACAGCACACAGAUAACAGAAACACAUUCAAACCCUUCAGCACAAAAACCAAAUGACUCUAAAGACCUUCCAAAACCUAUAGCCAGUGUCAUGUCGGUUGCUGACAUUUUAAGGGCACAAUUGAAGGCAUUUACCUCUACACUGAUUAGCUCAGCGACACCCAUACAAAACCCUGUUCACUGUUUUAAUGCAGAUCUUCAACCAACACUCCCCCAAUCAGCAGCAGUUCAAGAUAUUAAACCAAACCCAAUGAUAAUAAUGGAUGACACAGAAUUAAUUAAGAAUUUGGGAAAACCUAAGAUUGGGAAGGAGACCAACAAUUGUUCUCUUUCUGCUGGUUCUGAUGUCCCGUCAGGCCAUGAGGAACAUAGACGUGAUACUGGAAUUAAGCUAGUGCAGUCCACCAGCAUUGUCAGUCCCAUAAUUGAGACCUUAACCACUGAGUUUGAUAUUCCUUCUAUUUCUAUUAGAGACAAACGCAACACUUUUGAAAACAGAAAUCCCAAUAUGGCAAAGGAAAAUUAUUGUGUUAUGGAUACAGGACAGGAUGCACCUUUGGAGCAUAAACCUAAUAUGUGUCUAAUUGGGCCUGAAAGUAUACAAAUAGACUCUGCUUUACUUACUCAAAAUCAUAAGUUGGCCAGUGGCGUUACCCCAAUAUCAGUUCCGCCGCUCAAGAUUUUCCAAGAGCAUAAGCAAGUCCAAGAAAAUACCACAGAGGAAAUUGAUUCUUUACAGUCUGUACUGCCAAAGGUCAGCAGUCAACACAAUCAGGUUUCUUGUCCUUCAGUUCUCAGUUCACUUCCUUGUGACACUGAAAAACUUUCAUAUACAAAGAGGCCAGAAUGUCUGAUAAAUACGACCCCAACAGUGCCACCUGUCAGUGAUAACUGCUUAAAAAACACUCAACCAGAUACAGCAAUGUUUGUAGACCAACUAGAGGGACAUCAACAUGAUAUGCCACAACUCAGUUCACAGACAAUGCAAAGACUGGACUCUCAUGUGCCUGCUUUAGGUCCUGAGACACAGGAGCCAAAGAUUCCCACUAUUAGUCUGCCUUGCUCCAAAACCAAAGAUAUCAAGUUGGAGGAUACCAAGAUGGACUAUUUGGUUUCUGUUUCAAAUAUUGAAGAAAACUCUUUGUUACGAAAAGGAGAUAGUGCCUCUCCCCUUCCCUCAGCUACGCCACAGGAACUGGCCUCUGGGGCUCGCCGCAAAAUUUUCAUCCCCAAAUCUAAAGGGGACGAUGCAGACACUGCACCACCACCUGACAUCCAAAGUCCAAGAGAAGAGGUCCCUAAGAGGACCAGCAGGCUGUCCCCUGACACCCCCCCCUUGUCCCCUAGUUUAUCCCGCAGGUCACCCCUGCUCCAGCCUCCGAGCGGUCAGGCCACCCCCUUCCCUACAGAGAGACGCUCCCCUCUGCCCAGCAGGAGAAAAGUCAUUUCUGACGCCCCCAAACAGAUGCAGGAGCCUGCUCAGACCGACACUGCCAAACCUGAGGAGAAACCAGCAGAUAAAGACAAGCACAACCCAUUUAAAGCUCCUCAGGUUAUCCGUAAGAUUAGGGGGGAACCUUUCUCAGAUGCCUCAGGACAUCUGAAACUGUGGUGCCAGUUCUUCAACGUGCUCAGCGACUCUAGUAUCAAGUGGUACAGAGAUGAUGUGCAGAUUGCUGAGGUUAAAAGAAGUGCAGGAGAUGAGACUCAAGUAGCAUUAGCCAUUGUCCAGACUUCGAGCAGAGACUGUGGCGUUUAUGGAUGCACAAUCAACAAUGAAUACGGAACAGACUCAACAGACUUCCUUCUUAGUAAUGAUAUUCUUGCCGGCAUGUUUUUGCGUGAGGAUCUAGAGGUGGGAGAGGAGAUUGAGAUGACACCUCUGCUGUUCAACAAGGGACUGGUUGACUCCGGGCUCUGGGGUAGCAAGUUCUUUGGGCGUAUCAUGAUGACAGAAAAUCAUAUUGGUGAGGGUUGCUCCCGCAAGACCUGUAGGGCAAAGGUCAUCUAUGGCCUAGAGCCUGUGUUUGAGUCAGGGACCACCUGUAUUAUCAAGGUGCGCAACCCGAUUGCCUAUGGAGCCAAGGAGGAGGGCAACCUGAUAGAAAGGAACUUGGCGAUCACCCAGCUGGAAUGUAAGAUUCACAACAUUGCUCGGGAAUACUGCAAAAUCUUUGCUGCAGAAACCAGAGUAAUAGAAAACUUUGGGCUGGCACUGGAAGUGAUUCCACUCUACAUGAUGUACCGGCCUGCAAACACCAUCCCUCAUGCCACAGUGGAGGCAGAUUUGACGGGGGUUUAUCUGAAGUACUGCUUUCAAGAUGCUACAGGCAGGCUCAUCAUGAGGGUAGGCUCAGAGGUAGAACAGAAGUGCUGUGCUCUCCAACACUGGGUCCACCAAUGGACCAAUGGCAACCUACUGCUCACUCAUCUGGAAGGUGUUGACACCAAGAUCAGCAACAUUGGAAUUUCCAUCCAAACAAAAGGGUAUCAAGGUCUCACUGCUAUGGGGAAUCCCAAGGUUUUUGAACAGUUUGUUUCUCAGCAUCAGUGUAACUACUACUGCGGCCUUCUUAGCCUGAGAGCCCUAAAGGCUGUGGAAUCGCUGCAGACACCCAUCAAACCAAAAGGCUCCAGGAGCCCCAUGCUCCACCGCAAAAUGACACCUGGCUCCUCCAGCCCCCUGACACCCAGAAAAGCCACAGCCAGUCCCAGAGUGUCAAGAAAGUCUGAAUCUGAAGACACCAAGGCCAACACCAAAUUCAAGGCUGAAGAGACUCCCAAAGUUGUCGGGUAGAGUUACUUUAUUGUCACAGGCUUAAUUAAAUUAAAUUGAUGAUGGUUAUAUCUUCAUGCGUAAGCUUGUGCGGAUCUAGGAGCUAGCCUGAGACCAAAGGCUGGUGACCCUGCCCCCAAGCUGUGACUGAAAUAUGCAGAGUUCUGGAUCCUCAGAGAUAUCGGAAGAUGGAAGUUUUAGAACAAUAUUACAUUUCAAAGACAAUGGGUUUAAAGAAUGAUGAUGAUGAUGAUGAUGAUGAUAAUGAUCUUCAUCACCAUCCAAAUGUAACCUGUUGAUGCACUCAUUUCAUUGCAUAUAUUCCCAAACAAAUUGUCUGUACUCUAAAAAAGGUUUAUAUUGUACUGUAUAUCAAUUAUCAUUGUAUAUCACAAAGUGUGCAUCCCAGCUUUGCCUCAGGUCUCCAAAGGUACAUCAGGUUGGUGUUAUUUGUACUGUUUUGAAUUGAUCUAGUGGUCUGAUUUAUAUAGAUUUAUGAGAAGCUCUUUUUUAUUCAAAGGGAUAGCAUUGGGAUCAGAGCGAACAAUCUUUAAAAGAAAAAGUAGCUUGGACUCUGGAUUCUGCAAAAGUAACAAUAGUAUGUAAGCUAUAGCUCAUCUGAGAGUCAUAUUUCAUGUAGACCUAUUCCAUGACACUGUUAUACAGUGGAAAAUGACUGUGCUUUUUAUACUGUAACUAUUCUAACUGGUCUUGUUACAGUGUUUUCCAUUUUUAGAGUGUGUCUCGUUGAAUAAUACGCUGUCAAAAUAAAAUACAUCACAUUUCAAAUUAACUUUUUCGUGUUUCGA